GUUCGGAUGUGUGCCUUCAAGUGGGAUGAUUUCCCGUAAACUCUGUCGCAUCCGUCAAAAGUGCACUGGUGUCUCUUAACAGGGGAUCGAGGGGCCCCCACGCCGCCGCCUCCUGCUGCUCCCCCCCUCGGCUGCUGCUGCUGCCCGGGCACCGGGGUAGCGGAGGGGGUCAUUGUAGGGGUGGUGGGGUCGGACAACGUGGUGUAACCGCUUUCCCCACCACACGACGAGUUGCUGCUCUCAGAGUAGGCCGACAUGGGCCGGAACUUGCCGUGUAGGUCGGUGAGAAUACCGGCCACCGUCAUCAUGUUGGCUCCUUCCAGCCUCAGGGUCUCCCGCACUUCUCGGUCCUCACUCGACCCGUCGUGCUCCCCCGGGAGCAGGCCCGCUGCGGUCGGCUGGCUGGCGACGAGAGCCACAGGGGUGGGUCUGUGCAAAACUGGGCCACUCGAUAUUGAAACCAAACACUCGGCAGCGAAAUAAUCAGAGGACGCGGUGACCGACAUUGUUGUUGUUUCCUCGUUUAAGUCGGCCUUAGCUAGCAAAAAAAUAAAUAAAGCAGGAGGGGCUAACUGUAGUCUGGUCCCGACCUCGUUUUCAUCAAACUCGACGAAGCAGCACUUCCCAAGUGAACAUUGUAACCGCCAUACAGUGCGUCAGGAGUCCCGCAGUCAUCGAUUGAUAUAAAGAAAGGCACAAAGGUACUAAAAAUGUGCUUAAAAUUGUGCCAAUACCGCCGACCCAAAACGCGUGUCCCCAGCCCACCGACGGUUCAUUGUGUCUGAGCCUCCACACAAGCCGGUCAAACCUACGCCCCCUGAUCCUGAUCGCGGAUGCGUUCGAGGUCUGUCGGUUUAACCAGUUACAAGUGCACAAUGUCUGUUAAAAUUUCCGUAUAAACACAUUCACAUCUAUUUAGUCUGCAUAGCUACUCAUACAAUUAUGCAUAGAUAACGUGUUCAUAAAUUAUUUCAUAUAAUCAACAAUUAUUACAAACAAAGUUCGGUAAACAAAGUCCCCAUCUCACCUCACUAACAAAGAAUUUAAAUAUUCCGAGUGGAGUUGAUUUCGCAAUCUAUAGCAUAAGAGCAUACUUUUAACAUUUAACGCAGACUACUAGUUGUACAGGGGGGUGACACUUAAAGUGGUUGUAGUGUUCUCUUCAAAUAAAGCUCUUAUAUACGAUGUUUUUCAAAGCGUGAAUGCAUCUCUAACGACAAACUGCCUGACGUCGCAUCUCGGGCGUGGGCCGUGGCGGGUGCAUCGUGGAAGCCUAAGCAAGCAGUUUGGGUAAGGAUGGGGGGGAAGGAGAGCAGGAUAAAAGCUAAGUUAAAGUUAAAAGUGAACAAUAAUUUAGUUGGUUUAUAUGUUAAUAAUGUUAUGAUUAAAAAUAUAAAUGUUCCAGGUGAGUAAUUAAACACUAAACAGAGACUAAAUGGCUCUAUUCUCUUAUGCUUAGUCCAUAUUAAGCAACUUCUAAUAGAUUGAAGCCUAUUUUAAUUGCAGGAGUGAACUUUUAAUCACUUGAACCCAACAUUAAAUCAUACGUACAACCUGUCCAAGGUUUAUUAUUUUAUAGCCGUCCACAGUUUGCUCAAUAAACCUUUUCUGACUAUCAGCAGUGUAUAUUAAAUUGCCUUAAUGAAGCUAUUUUUAACUGCUAGUGUCGAGCAAGGUGAUUGGUGGAGAGGAUGUUUGUAGCUCCAGCAUGGAAGGCAUUUCCUGAUUGGUUGCUGUGUGAGCAGUGGGGGUCACUGUGGGAGCCCCCCAUACAAGUGUGGUCAUUCAGUGGUUGGGAACAGUGCUUCGUUUUCAUCUCACUUUCAUGUGGAAGCUGAGGAGCGGACGGAUCUCCAGUGACUUGAGUCUGAGAUGGCUAUGUCCUGGUUUUAUAGUUUAUAUAUUACAUUUAUUUGUCUCUUAUGUGGUGAGUUUACUUCUUAUGUGCUUUAUGUGUUUUUUUUUUACGUCAUGAGAUAAGACUCUUGUAUGCAUGCAUGGAUGUGAGUGUUGAAGCAAGGCAGUCUUUCUUUGAGUAAAGUUGCACUGUUUUAUCAUGUCUUGCCUUUCUUUGUAGUAGCUGAUUGCUUAGAGCCAAAGUCUGAUUUCUGUGAUUCAAGUUGUGCAGGUAAGGACUGUUUAUUGUGGUUUGUGCAUAUCAGAUUUAAGAAAUUUCCACUGAUAAUGCUGUAAUACGAUGCAUGGCCGUCUUUUUUUUCCCCCCAAACGAAUCAUCUUCUUUUAAAUCUAAUCAACAGUGUUGUUAUUUCUGCUUAUUCUAGCAUUUUCUACCUCUGACGUGUCCUAUCAGGCAGGGGUGAGGUAUACUUACAGGUAUAGAACAGCAAUCACCACAUCCCUGCAUGGCUCUAAUGCUGGUAGAAAUGGACUGGCGUUGGACUGUGUGGUUGAUGUCGAUGUAGUGUCCAAGUGUCAUUUCAUAAUGCAGAUAAGGAAUCCACAGAUAAAGCGCCUUUCGCCUCAGAAGGAACACUCUGUGUCUCGCAUGAAAAGUUUGAGGGAGUCAUUGGAGAGAACUCGCCUCAAGUUUUCCCUCCGGGGGGGAAAGGUCGUUGCCCUAUGCAUCCAGGAGGGGGAGCAGGUGUGGACGCUCAACAUUAAAAGAGCAUUUCUGAGCAUGCUCCAGACCUCCCGCACUGCCUCCAAACAGUCACAAAUGGAGACUGAUGUGCAUGGGACAUGCACCAGCAUGUAUGAGAGGCGAGGACGACUGCUGCUGAAAACUCGGGAUCUAAAAGAGUGUCAGAAAUCUAGGCUGGCACAAUUCUGGACCCAUUCUGUAGCUUUAUCUGGAGACACGUCAGUGCAAUCAGAGCUACGCUGUGUGCAGGCCUUUGGUUCUGUAGUCAUGGAAGAGGUGAACUGUACCGAAACGGUAUCCAUAGCAACAUGGUCUAAGACUGCAGGCCAGGUGAAGACGCAAACCGAGUCAGCUCUGCUGCUGCUCAGAGCCCAGCCAGGCACAGUUUCAGGAGCAGAUCUUUUAAGUAUUGGAACACAAACUGGCCUGCAGUUUGAGGACGAAGGAGCUGCAAGACCUGGAAAGGUGUUACCUACACCUGACCAUGCUAGUCAAACUAUCAGGAUGUUGUGUAGCCUCAUAUCACACCCUAAAGAGGUGUCGCAAAAGUUCCUUCACUUGGCUUUCCAGCUUAGAGAGCUCACCCUCUCACAGCUCAAGACACUUUGGAUGGAAGCGUCUUUCAAGUGCCGCAAUGACUGGCAACCCUUGUUGGACGCAUUACCUGCUUGUGGAUCAGAAAACUGCAUCAUUCUACUGACUGACCUCAUGAAGGAAAAAGAACUGGAAGACGGGCAGGCUCAGUCUUUCCUUUCCACCAUCGCCCUCAUCCCGAAUCCAUCGCCACAGAUCAUACACUCCAUCAAUACUUUAGUAGACAUCCAAGAGGUGCGGUCCAAGGCUCUGCUGGCUGGAUCCUCUCUUGUCUAUCAACUAUGCCAGCAAUCCACGACUCCCUGCAGUGACCUUCCUGAGAUACAGACCUUCAUACGGACACUAGAAGUGGCCCUGAAGGAAGGUUGUGCUGCUCAAGGUGCCACCCAAACUGAAAAGCUUGUUUAUGUCAUGAAAUCUGUGGGGAACAUGGGCGUGGCUGCUCCACACUUCAUCCCUUUGUUAAAUCGCUGUGUACUCAGCCCCUCAGCACCGUUGGAGCUGAGACUGGCCGCCAUUAAAGCCUUCAGACGUUUUGACUGCUCGGCUAAUAAGUCUGUGCUUUUACAGCUGUACCGCUCCCCCCCGGAGGAUGCGGAGGUCAGAAUCGCUGCAUACCAGCAACUCAUGCGCUGCCCGGACCCCAACGUGUUAGAGGGGGUGAAGGUGACUCUGAGAAAUGAAACCUCCAGCCAAGUGGGCUCAUUUGUGUGGAGUCAUUUGACCAACAUCCUAAGGAGCGAAGACCCCAUGAAGCAGACCCUGAUCGGCUCACUGCCUGACGACAUAAUCAGCAGAGACUUUGAAGCAGAGUUUUUGAAAUACUCUUCCUAUUCAGACUACACUCUUACAAGCGGCAUGGGACUCACAAAUGUGGAGACAUCUGUCAUUUUUUCUCCAAAAUCCUUCCUUCCAAGAUCUGUCACCACCAACCUGACGGUCUAUUUUCAUGGCAGAGCCAGUAACCUUCUGGAAAUGGACCUUCGAAUUGAAAAUGCCGAACCACUUGUGAAGAGCAUUUUCAGUCAGCUGAGUCCCAACCAUAAUGGAGAUCCCACUGCUGACCAACAAAAACACGUGGUGCCGAAAGACGAGAAGGAGAGGAGGAGCAGAAGGAGAAGAAAUGAAGGCAACAGAGGAGUGAAAGAGUUGUGUUUAUCCAGCUCCAACAGUUAUCUGAACCAGGCCAGGGCGUUGUUAUUCGCAAGGAAAAAUAUGGCGGAGGAAGGCCUGAAGUGCUGGGUCGGUGUGAAAGUGUUUGGCAACGAGCUCAGUGUGUUUACAUGUGACGAUCUCUACACUCAAAUCAAGCAGAUGUCGCUGAGCACAGCAGGACUGGCCGUCAAACUGCUCAAGGGUCACGAGGUUCAGUUGAACCAGAGGUCUGUGCUCUUGACUGAGGAGCUGCUGCUGCCAUCUUUGUCUGGUUUACCCAUCAAAAUAGGCAUCAACAUGACCUGCUUUUUUUCACUACGACUGAAGGGAAAUGUCAACUACAGGGAUAUUUCUCACUUCUCCCUCGCCGGCUACAUUAAACCCGAUGCCUAUGUAGGCCUAUCAGCGAGGAUGGGCGUUGAUGGUGCUCUGGGUCACGCCGCAGUGGAAUGGAUGUCUGAGCUACAGAGCUCCACAAGCCUGGAUGGUAGUAUCCAUCUGCAGGAGGGGCAAGAUCUCAGGGUCACACUUAACACCCCGGAGGACGCCAUGGACAUAAUUUCUCUGAGCUCGAAAGUAUUCCAACUCAGUGGUGACCACACAGAAGAGAUACAAGGACCAAAGAGUCGCAUCCAGCAGACCUCUUGCACUCCAAAAACCUGGUCAAAGAUGGUUGGCUGGCAACUAUGCUCCAAUGCGUCCUACCCCUUAACUACCGGUGGCAUCUCGCUCCCUCCCAGUGGUCCCAUCCACCUCUCCCUCCGCCUGCUGAAGCUGGACAGAGGUCUCCAUUACUACUUGCUUGAGGCUGCCUACACAAUGUUUCCAACGGGAACAUGGCUACCCAGAGACGCAUCCAUCCAUCUUCUCCUGGCUACUCCAAAGUCAUCCUUCCCCAGGGACAUGUCGCUUGAUCUUGCCUUCAGUCCUCGCACAGUUUUGCUCAGGGUAUCUCAUCCAUUGAAAAGCAUCCUCAUGCAAGGGCAAUUUGAACAAGAGAUGAAUUUAAAGACCGCAAAACUCGAGCUGAUAAUUGAUGGCGUUCAUUAUUAUAUAAUGGGUCUGGUGAACAAGCAGACGGUCAUGUCAGAACUGAGGACACACUAUCAUUUUGAAGCCAAAAUGGCCACCAAUGGAAAUCCUAUGAUCCUCUCUGCUAAUAUUACCCGUGGACUGGGCAGAAGGAUGAGUUUUUCUGCCACAUUGAAGAAUGUGUUGAGAGAACCUGCAUCACUCUCAGUGGUGUUAGAACGCAGGAGGGACGUCCACAGCAGGCAGUACUCUUUGGAGGCGGAGCUUCUAUUUCCCGGCAUGGUCGGCAGCAGGAUGCUAGGUCUAGUGGAGCAAAAAGGAGCACUGUGGAGUUCCGCGCUUCGCCUCAAAUACGGUCUGGGAGGUGAUGCCCGGCAUCUGCGCCAAGAGUGCCACACAUCUCAAAGCGCGAGGAGCGAAAGACACACAAACCUCACCUACACCAUGAGAGCUGAUCACGAGUUCUACUGUUCCAAUACACCUCUUAUUAACCAUAAAGUCCACCUCAGACACGAGGAAAGCCCCAGCCACGUUAGAUCAUCUGUGGACAUGAGCUACGGCAAACACUGGGACGAGAUAAACAACAAACGCACUCUCCUUCUGAGCCAGUCAUUCAAAAACCAGUCGACACAAAAUCACACCAGUUACACACUGGAGUUCAAUCUCCAGGUUCCAGAGAAAGAUAUAAUCUACCGCAGCCAGUUAUUGCAUUCUUACCUAAGACAGCCCGGGUCAGAGAGCAGCACUCACAUCAAAAUCAAUUACAACAACUUCAUGCCGCUGGUGGCCGGUUUACACUGGAAAAGUCCCCCGAAUGAGACCCCGCUGAAGAAAUGGGAAGGGACAUUUACCAUGGACACUCCAUGGUUGUACAUCUCCACUUACCACAAGCUGAGUCAGCACCAGCGCCACACCCUGCAGCUUGUUUCUGAACUGACAGCCAGCAAAUGGCUGACCGUCCGCAACCUCCUCCUGGAGGCUUCCUACGGGGAUAAGGGACACGAGAAGGAGGCUCGUCUCAAGCUCCACACUCCUGCUGUCACAUUAUUCCAAGCAGGAGGACUAGGAAUCAUGGGAAAGCGAAAUAUAAAAGUGUCCUGUUCUGUCAGCUCACUGUGGACCCCUCCCAUGAGCGGAGAUGUCUUCCUGGAGAUGUUAAAACCCAGCCUUACCCUACAGAUGUCCUCCAGCUAUGGCAAACACAACGUCAGCCUCGCUGCUGCUCUGAACACGGUUGACAAGAUUUUGAAUAAGAAGCAAGUGAUUAUAAAGGUGAUCUUCUUGGAGCCCAAACGACCCCCUGCUGAGUUUGAGUUUGAGGGAACUUUGGAGGAACUGAAGAAGGACAAGCAGACGUACCAAAGAACAGCACUGCUCCAUUUUAGACAGCCUUUCCAGACUUUUCCUCAGAGGCUUCUCCUGAGGGAGACUUUCACCGUUGACCUCCUGAAAGGCCUUUACAUCCUGGAGUCGAGGGCUGGUUUUCAUCGCAAUAAAGAGCUCAUUCAUACGCUCACCAUUGGCUACAAACCACCGACCCCAUUUGUUUGCUCUGCGCUCAUCCAAACUUUCAACACGGAAACUUUGCCAUCUGACUCUGAGAUGUGUGUCACCACUUCCAGCAAUCAGACCCUGAAAGACAUUCACGGAAGUUUAAGGGUGGGCAGCAAAGAGAAGCUCAGUUUCUUUGUACAAACUGUAUUCAAUACUUUACAUGCAAGUCAGCGAGGGAUAAAAGUCCGAGGCAACGUCACCCAUCAGCUCCAGCUGCCAAUCCCCUCCUUUGCCUUAGUGGAGGGAGAUGUACUAUAUUGGAGCCCCCAAAACAACAUGGACUUUGAUUACCUAGCCCGAGGGAGACUGAAAAUUGAACGACAGGAGUGUCAAAUUUCAUUGCAGUUCAACAGAACUUCAGACCGAUUUUUCCUCCAUUCAUAUCUCAAGCAUCCUUUCAAAUCGAAGAUUCCCAAAACUCUUGAGGCCAAAGCGGCUACUGAUAUAUCUACUCUGGCUGGUAGAGGAAGUAGCUUCAUUCAGAUGAAAGCUGAUGGAAAAGACAAACUGAUGCUGGAUGCCAAGAUGUCCCAUUCUUACCUGUGGGGAGAUCGAGCCGUGGCACUUAGGCUGAAUUUAUCUCAGAGUUUGCUGCAUGGGCUCGAUGACUUGCAUGUAAAAAUGGCUGCCAACAUGUCCCCACACAGUGUGUCGCUACAUGGUUCCUGUACACAUGGACUCAAAGCUCUUUUGAUACAAAUGAAGGGGUCUCUUAAAAACAGCAGUGGAUUAGAGCUUGCUCUAUCAGGAGAUCUGAGGCAUUCAAUGACCAACCUCGCUAUUCUGCCCUCCAUCCUGGGAUUAGACGCCGUAUUGGGAGUUUCUGACACCCUUACUGAAGGACAACUCAGAGUCAAAGUCAAGGAUGUUUUGUAUAGCAUGGAUCUGAGGCAUCAAGAAGACACGGACGAAGGUCUGGACAAAUUAGGAAAAAACGUACACGUUUCCCAUAGCUGGAUGUGUGUUCUGUCAGGAGUGGAGAAUUUUUGUGUGAAUGUCAGUCGCCAGUUGGAAACAAAAGGGAUGGGAGAGGUCUACAUCCAGCUAUCUCAUUCCUCCCAACUACUCAAUGCCACAGGUCUGUCUACAAGUUGCAACGGUCGAGUCAAGUGGGACCAGAGUGAAAAUGAAAUGUCAGCUCUUGCGGAAAUACAAGCUGGACUUGAACAUUUAAAAGCUGAGUUUAAUGGCUUCAAGACAAACCUGCUUGCCCCACGUUGGGAAAUCAUGUCAACACUGCAGCACAAAGUGAAAGCGCUGCAGAAAAGAGGCAUAUCAAGCUCCGUGCAAGCCAACGCGCAUUACCAGGCAGAUAGCACCAGCUUGAACACAGGCCUGGUCUUUCAUAUGGAAGACAAGAAAAUGAUUGACACACUUUUAGUUGUUGGAGCAAACAACAGCACAAGUGUAUUUAUAGUUUCACUAUGGCAACAGAUAAAGCCGCUGCAGGGGAUCGUACCUUCCACACUUCAGAUGAACUGCACAGGGAGCACGGCUGCAGAGCGUUUCUCUGCACAGUGCUACGGAGAUGUGGCAGGCCACCCUGUGGAGAGUCUCCUACCUUCACAAACAUCAGUGAACAUCUCCAUCAACCAUUCCGGUUGCUGCACAAAUCUCAGUGCUGAUCUCCUUGCCGAAGAUAAACACAAAGUCAGCACUGCAUUGUCGCUUACGUUUCAACCAAGCCUGAGUUUGAACGCAUCUGUCCGACACUGUAUAGAAGCAAUACAAGCGCUGGGGGUUCCUUCUAAUGGAGCACUGGUCGUCAGUGUCUCAUCUGAACAGCUGCCAGUUGCAACGGUUGGAAUUGAGCUUGGGAACUGUCACUUCAGUGGACAUCUGGGCAAGACGCAAGUGUCAGAAGCAGAGGGGAAUCGGUUAUCUUACAAUGUAAACCUGACCAACUACUGUCCUGUCUUACAGGAAACAGUCCUUCCAGUGACCCUAGUUCUAAAUGGGUCCUUUUCCAGAGUCCCGUGUGGGUGUAUGAUCAGCUCUUCUCUCAGGGCAGACAGCCAAUCCCUCUCAUUGGAUCUAGGACAGUCCUGCACCUCUCCACAUCUCUCUGGGACUCUUACGCACACUUUCUCUGGGCUGAGGAGCCAAGGUGUUCCUCAGACGGUCAUCGUAGAAGCCACUGCUCCAGGAGGUGCUGAACAGAAUGGAGAUCUGUUCAUAAAAGCCGGGGCUUGUCGUCUUAGAUUAGUUGAAGACAAAAGCAGGGCGUGGCGCUUCUGGGCUCUGCAGUCUAAUUGCCCAACAUUGCAGGUCAAUUUAAAUGGAUCAGUAUGGCAGGAGAGUCAGGCUAAGUGGGCUGCCAUGUUGGAUGCAAAUUUGGAGGAGAAAAGGACCUUCCUGCGUCUCGAUGCACAAACCUGGCCUGAGUUAAGUGUGGAAGGUGAGCUCAGACACAACCUUCCUGCUCUCAGACAUUUCCCUGAACACAGCAGAGUGAUUGUAACAAGCAAAGUUGGGACGCAACAAUUUGACACCGAGGCCCUGGUCUUAUUGACUGGGUGUGCUGUGAAAGCCAGAGCAACCGCAAUGUCACAUUCUGGCCUCCAGGGGGCGCUUGAGUACACCAACAACUGCAGCAUAGUUAAGGAGUUGGGUAGCCCAGAAAGGAUGCAAGCAUCCGGGUCCGUAUUUGUCUCCUCAACACUUGCUGAAUCUCAAGUCUCCAUGGCGAUUGACAAUGUAGAGUUGCAUUCAGUGGCCGUGCUUAAGAAAACUAAGGAACAACAUGAAAUAUUACUACAUUUUAACCACACUGUGCCGCUGUUGAAGAAGUUAGGUCUCACUUCAGAUGCGGAAAUUGCAUUGAGUUGUGGGCGUCAUGGCAACCGGUCCUAUUAUUACAGGAUAGAUAGCAGUGUCCAAAACCAGAAGUUAAGUCAAGAGGUAACUGUAGAGAGAACGAGUCGGGCAGUUACCGUGAAGAGUCAUUUCAGGCAUACAUUGAACUACCUGAAUACAACAGGAGUCCCUGGAAACAGCAGCAUCCAGGUGGAGCUUGGGUCUUCCGAAGGAAAGACACUGACCCUAAAAUCCCAAUUUGGACAUCAGAAAGUGGCAGUGAAACUAAAGAUGAAAUGUUUUCCCCAGACCAAAGAGAUAACAGGAAGCAUGUGGCACAGUGUCUUAUGGCUUCAGCAAAGAGGAGUGCCACGCAAUAUAGAGGGCUUCUGUUCCACUAAAGAAGUUCUGUCCCAGCUUCAGUCCAGGGCUCAGCUCACUGUAGAUGGGCACAAGCUACUUGACUCUGGCAUGAACGUGAGCACGGCUGAUGGACGCCUGGCUGUGCUCCUCUCCUACUUACCACCACUUUCAAACCAAACAUGGAAACAUUUCAGCCUCCACGCUGCUGUGAUGGCACAGUUUAAAGGUCUUCUAAGGAGUAUCGCAGUACAUGUUCGCAAUCAAGAUUGGCGGACUCAACUGGUUGCGGACGUUGGGGGCUGGGGCGCGCAGGGAGGGUCCAAGGAGGCCAGAGUUACUCUCAAACAUACUGCAGAGGGAGACUCCAUCCCUGCUUUGCAGGUUGAAGCCUGGGGAAGACAAUCUGGCUCCCAGCUGAGGUUGUCCAUGGCGGUAAACCCUGAACUCCCGUCCUCACUUGCUCUCAUCAUCCAAGGGCAGCAUCUUCCUAGCAGCAAGGACCUGACGGUGAAGGUGGUCCAGAGUUUUCCCAAGAUGCUGAUCCACUUGCCCUCACAACUCAAUUUCCGUUCACAGCUAAACCAAUCCGAGUCCGGUGUAGGAGGUUUAGUGGAGGUGUUGUCAGGCAAGAGGCGGCUCUGGACCCUUGGGGAGUUGGCAGUGAUCGACGGUGGUUACAGGCAAUCUCUGGAGGUCAAACACUCAUACCCGCAGUUGAAACUGCUGCCCAGGACAGUUGCAGUGAAAAGUGUGUACGAAGCCAGGAACUGGAGUUAUCAAGUGCAACACGCAGCCGUGUGGGGAAACCAGGAGUUCAGCGUGUCCGGUCUGUACUCCGCACCUCCAGUGCUGGAGAGAGGGAAUCACACUCUAAAUGUUCAAAUCAAGUGGCGUCCUCGUAUGACCAGUUUUGAAAUGACACUAGAGCGGUCCUUACUGGGUCGGGCAGACAGUGUUUCACUUGGAUGGAUGAGGCACGGCCGACCAGAGCAGGUGAAAGCUCUGAGCAUAUGGAGUCGAUCCAAGGAAAUGAAUGAGACCACGGUGGAGCUGAGUCAGCCCUUCUCGUCUUCACUUAGCCAAACACGCCUUCACAUUCUCUCACACCGCUCGGAAAGAGAGCAACGCAGCAUCCAACAGGCCCGCCUGUCUUGGGUCAGCGGCCUGCCCGUCAACAUCUCCUUCAGCCUGAACAAACAAUGGCAGUCCAACUUCAGCAGGGGAGAGGCUUGCGCUCUGUUGUCCAUUCAAAAGAUGGCGGUGUCCCCUGUCAAGGGUUGUGUAUCUGUCAGUCAGGAUGGAAACCUAUACUCACAAAAUGCUGAGCUAAGAUGGCACAACAGGAGUGUCAAGCAGGGCAUGAAAUAUCAGAGAGGUUCGCGAGGAUUGCACACCCUCCACUUGAAUAUCGGCCUUGACCAAGUGUCCCCUGAACCGUGUCCCUCGCAUUCACUCUUGACUAAAAUCCAAACCAACCUCAGAGAUCGCUUUGAGUACACGGUAUUGCUUGGCCUGUGCCCCCCACAGCCUGCUCUGUUGUGGUCAGGAUGCCACAGACUGAACUCAGGACAGGAAGUGUUUUAUGCACAGUCUCGUCUGUCGGCGUCUGGGCGGGGGACCCUUUGCAGUCUCACGCUCGCCCUGACCAACUCAUCGACUGCUCAGGCCUCCAACAUCACUCUCUUCACGGAGUCUAGGAUGGGGAACUGGAGUGUGGAGGCGGGAGGCAGCGCUUUAUCAUGGCCUCGGGGGUCUGGCCUUCUUGUGCAAGCGCGACUCGACCACAGAGAGGAGAUGUGGCUGAACAACACAAUAGAGGGACGAUGUCUCCAGACUACAGCAGGUUAUAAAAACGGUUCUGGCCUGAGCGAAGAUGUCUCCCUGGUGGCGUGUCUGGGCACACAUUAUAGUCUGAUGGUGGAUGUGCAAAAAGGAGAAGGCAACAGCCAACGUGAAGCUUUGGCAAGUUUGUCUGCAGGAGCAGCCAAUCAGAGGCUGAGCCUGAGAGCAAGUGGCUGUUUGCAGAGUCUCACUGCCGUGGAGGCACGGAUUCAUGCUGUGAGCUCUCAGAUCAGAAACAAGCUCUUGGAGAGAAUCAGGACCAUAAAGCAUCUUCUUACGGAAUUCAGACAACAGUCCAGAGGCAGUGAGCUUCUCCAGGAUCUGAGCGUGAUGCUUCUGCAUAUCACCCAGCAUGUAGAGUUUGUGUUGGGGCACGGAGGCGCAAGUUUGUCGGCUCUGUGGCGCAGCAGCUCUCUCCGACACGCUGUCACCAGCAGCUUGCCUCGCUCUCUCAACCUGCUGCACCAGGCCUCCAUGUUGGGACAGCUGGAGCUGAAGAGGCCCCUGGCCACUCUUGCAGGCGUGUACCAGGACGUGAAAGGCCACAAGGUGGAGGCUCUAUGGAGGGAAGCUGUUCUUUUGUGGACUGACAAGCUUCUGCAGGUCUGCCCUGCUCUGCUGGGAAGUCCUCAGCUAAGGCCUGUGACUCAAGCCAGCAUCUCUUCACUCAACCAUGCCAUGGAUUUAGCUGGCCAAUACGCAUACCACUGGGUGGAAAACAGGCUGGCAGUGGCUCUGUCCGGAAUCAGGAAGCAACUGGCUUCAGUCUACAAAUUAUCGUCCAGCGAGUGUUCUGUGGACGUAUCUGUGCCACUGCCUGCCCUCCGCUGGACACGUUUGACUGAAGUCGGUGUGGUGGGGAUGCUUUUAGAAGAGUGGCUGCUGAGACCCUUGCAAAGCCUCGCCUCCGUUAGACCCACGGCUGAACUUUACCGCCUCAAGAGGAAGAUCAUGGAUAGUCCCUUUCUUCACCAAGCGCUGCUGGUGGCCGAUCAGUUUGUCGUUACAUUUGAUGGCCAUCUUUAUGAGCUACCAAGAUCGUGUCCACUUCUGUUGGCCCAAGACAUCAGUGCUGAUCCCACAUUUACACUUCUGCUCAAUACACCCCCACACACCCUUCUCUUGAUCAGGAUGUCCAACAGCACUGUCAGCAUUCAGCGCAAUGGACAGGUGAAAGUUGGAUGCGACAACACAGUGACACACACGUGGCACGGUGACGGUGGUCUAACUGUUCAAAGGGCAUCACGCACUGUGUACGUGUCCAAUCACGAUGGGGUGUCGGUGUCAUGUGACCUGAGACUUGAACUGUGCAGCUUGACUCUGGAUGGAUGGUUUCAUGGCAUGAUUACUGGUUUGCUGGGGACCAAUGACAACGAAGCAGGAAAUGACUCACCUUUGUCUGAUGGUUCCCAAGCUGGAAACAUGAAGGACUUUUUUCACAGCUGGCAGAUGAGCUCGGAUUGUGUAGCUUCCACACCCAAACAGGAAGAUGUUUCCAACACAGCCACGAGGGCAGCGACAUGUGAUUUUCUCUUCUCCUCUCACGAGUCUCCUCUGAGUUCCUGUUUCAGGGUGGUGGAUCCCAGUCAGUUCUCGGUUUUAUGCUCCGAGUCAAGCUCCUCCGCAGCCCCUUGCCGAUUAGCAUCUGCUUUUGUUCAUCUGUGCCAGCGCAACUACAUACCAUUGGAAGUCCCCGUCCAGUGCUUAAAAGGGUGAAGAUGGCUGAAUUGGUGAAGAGUGGCGAAGAGAGAGAUGACAUUCGUGCUCCAGAAAACUCUUUUGCUGAAUUACUACGAACCGACAUGAAGUAUGCAAUUGUGUACACAAGGACAUGUCAUUCCUGUGUACAGCCGUAAUGUGAAUGAUCUGUUUAUUGUUAAUGACAAGACCUAUUUUUUUCAUUUAUUGUACAGUACAAUCAAUGUGAUC